GUAUCCUUCAGCUUCGAGUAGCGUAACAAUUAGGCGAAUCAAGACCCUAAAAGCCAACUCCUUUAUACAAACCAACAACAAUUUAUAUUCACCAACUCAAUCUUCACACAUUUUCACACCUUCCAACAAAAAUUCCAAAUUCUCUCUCCUAAAAACCCCAUUUUUCAUCCGAAGAACAUCAUCAAUGGAGUUCACACUACAACAGCUGAAACAGUACGAUGGAACCGACCCAUCAAAACCCGUUUAUGUCGCAAUUAAGGGUCGGGUUUUCGAUGUUUCAACCGGCAAGAAUUUCUACGGACCAGGUGGGGCCUACGCCAUGUUUGCCGGAAAAGAUGCUAGUAGAGCUCUUGCUAAGAUGAGCAAGAAUGAAGACGACGUCGUUUCCAACAUUGAUGGCCUUUCUGACAAGGAACUUGAGGUUCUUGCUGAUUGGGAGAAGAAGUUUGAAGCUAAGUACCCUGUUGUUGGUCGUGUUGUUUGAAAGUUUUAAUCUUUAUUGAAAAUAAUAAUGGAGUAGUAUGAUUAAUUAUGUUGGUCUUAUGUUUAUGUUGUGAAAUUUAUGGAAGAAAUUGUUGUCUAAUACUUCGUACCAUAAUUUGCAUGUUUGUGUAAUUUAAUAAUUUGGGUUGUGGAUGGAAUUCUGAUGAGAAUUGUAAUGUUUAACUUGGUUAAUAAUUUGACCUUUUCUAAAGUUAAAUUUGAUAUUAAUUUUUUUGGA